AUGACUCAAACUACGAACCAUUUCGAUAAGGAUUGAACUGGAAAGAAUUGUUUAUUAGACAUUUUUAGCCGAUUACAGUACUCAUGCAUACGUAUGCAAAUGUGAGAACAAGUAAUACGAAGUAGAUCGGUGCAGUUAUCACUUUACGUCUCAUCAGUUUCAGUGUGAUACUGGACGGAUUCAGAACCAUAAAUCUGUUCAAACCGUUAUGAGUUUCACACAAUCAGUUUGGUCAAAAUAGAAGUUAUUUUUAUCAGUGUUAAACGUUCUAAUUAUAGUUAAAAAGUGAUGGCUGGUGUAUUGUUUGUCGUGACAAUUCCAACCGAACCGGAGGAACUUCGUUUGGAUCAAAAAGAAAAGCAAUCGAAAACGGGAUCAAUCUUGAAAAUUGACAGUGCCAAACAAAAGAGCGAAAAACAUGAUAAUGGAGUAUUCAAAAUCAGUCCACCAGAGGGUCUUCUAUUGGAAAAAGAUGAAUACCAAGAAUAUGCUGGACUGUUAAACAUUUCGGAAGACUCAACAAUGGAGAGUAUAAUGAAUGAACUGUUUAAAAAGCUGAAAAUUGACAACGCGGCUUGGCAGCUAUCGAAGAGCAUGAAAUAUUAUCAAAUUACAUUUUUUGUUGAGUCAAAUGCACGCCACGAACUAAUUCUGUCUACACUGAACGAGUGGGGCGUCGGACAGAGAAAUGGCUCUCUUAUGUCAAUGAUCCCAUGCGCCAUUUAUAAUCAAUCGCCGAAAGCCGACAAUCUUGACCCUAGAAUAGAGUCAAUUGCCGAGUGUAAACAAACCGCUUGGGAUAAGUUUGUAAAAUCGGCUCAAGCCAGGUAUAGUGUGGCUAAAAUUGUUCAACGAGUGAGAGAGGAAGCCACUCUAACAUUCGAUUUCGUAACACUCAUCAUAGUCGCUGGAAUGUUGGCUGCAUUUGGAUUGAUUGAAAAUGAUACAACCACAUUAAUAUCGUCAAUGCUUAUAUCUCCCAUGAUGGGUCCGGUGAUUGCGACAAUUUUCGGCAUUGUUAUCAAAGAUCAUGCGCUCAUUCGAUUCGGUCUUAUAAACGAAGUGAUUGGCAUUCUAAUGGCAACCACAAUUGGUUUUAUAUUUGGUUCGAUCGUAUGCAGCAUUGAUCUAUCAUAUGCUAUUGGAUCAAAAGAGGCUGUAACAUCCGAAAUGGUUCGAAGAUGUGAAUUUCAUUCACUGUUAAUUGGUGUUCUAACUGCUCUUCCCACGGGUGCUGCUGCUGCUAUUGGGAUUUUGGGUGAAAAUGUGGGUUCAUUGGUCGGUGUAGCAAUUUCAGUGUCUUUAUUGCCGCCAGCUGUAAAUGCGGGCGUUCUAUGGGCAUUGGCCGUUUUGUACAAGUUGAAUGAGAAUGACGAAAGUUUAUACGGCAAACUAGUCCAAACACAAUACUAUUCGGAUCAUCAAUCGAUUGAAUUAGCCGUGUAUGGAUGUAUUAGUAUGCUUCUUACCAUAGUUAACGUGCUUUGCAUAUUGUUUGUGGGCUUGUUGACUUUAAAGAUCAAAGAAGUGUCACCUCUAACGCGAGACCAGCGUCAACUGUGGAAGCACGACAUAAAAGUGGCUCGCAAUUACAAUAGCACAUCGAAUGUAAAUGAAGGCCGAAUGUCUCGACAAUUAACAGAAGACGGUUUGAAACCGAAAACAAAUGAGGAGAGAAUGCGAAGCAUGUAUAGUCAAUCGUAUCAGAAUACGUGGUCACCAAUGAGUUCACCAUUGCCUGAAUUCGAUCCAAUGGGUAUGACGGCGUCAAUUCCCAUAUCGAGUAAAUUUAAUGAACCCACCCGUUUAAGAAGCUAUAAAUCAAAACGUCGCAACACUCUACCAUAUUCGAGUUCACCAUUGAGUUCUUCACACAUUUCAAGCCUAAAAGAAAUCAAUCGAUUUCCACUGGAAAAGAUACCAGAAAUUGUCGUUUCACCAUCAUCAUUGUCGAAUGACUCAAUCAAAAGCAACGAUCCAGGCCCAUCAACUUCCAAGAGAUCUCAUAAGUUUAUUGUAACACCAACCGAUACCAAUGUUUUAGACAAAGAAUAAUUAAAAACGAGCAACAACUUUGAUCA